AUGGACGGCCGACUCGUGACCGAUUCCUCAAGCGAGCGGGACCCCUCAACGACGGGAGAUCCAAACAAGGCCAUGCCCUUGCGAGCACGAAUUCUUCAUCUUAUCGAAGAGAGCAAUAGUAAGAAUGGAAAUACAGGUCAAAACGUCAAAGAAAUUUUUCUGGAACAAAUUUGGCCCAAAUUGGAGAGUGAUUACCAAAGGAUGUCCACCGAGCUGGCAGAAGCCUGCAAAGCUGAGUUGGGUGACCGCAUCGUCCCAAUCCCGGUUACAGUCGAAGAUCGAGUCAAAUCGCGCGCAUCCAUCUCAAAGUCAUUGCAGCGACGCGAGAUACACAGAACCAAGGAAGACAUAGGGAUGUACAAAAGUCUCGACGACAUCCUUGAGGAUCUGCACGAUCUCGUUGGUAUUCGUAUCAUUGUUGAAUACCUUGAUCAUCUUGAGGACGUGUCUCACUUUGUCACUGGUAGCUUCAACCAAGAGAAGGAAUCAAACCGGUUCGAUGCAAACCGCAAAGUCGGUCACCUUUGGCAGCCGUGGUUUGGAGCCUAUGAGUGCAUGAACUAUCACAUCUCAUCCAAAUAUGAAGAUGGUAACAGGCUUAGCCUAUACAACGGUGUUACGUUCGAGAUCCAAGUCACAAGCCUUCCUGCGCAUAUGUAUAAUAAGAUCGCCCAUCCGCUACUAUAUAAGGAAGAGGCUGGGGCGUUGUCACAGGGAGACGAAAUGGUGAUUGAUAUCACCAAAGGGCUUGCUUAUUGCUACUCGCUUUGUUUACACUUCAAGAGGUCGAAAUUGAAGAAGCCAAAAUUCGAGAGGUCGAGGUCCAAGAGGCCGAAGCUGAGUGGGGAUGUAGACGAGCAAGAGGACAUGGAACUUUUGAGGAACAUACCCUCAGCCUCCGGGGAAUUGGACGAGUCUAGCCUCAAUCGUUUAGCCGAGAGAAUCCCCAAACUGGACGUUGCAGCUAGUAAGACCAUGGACAUCCCGCGAGAGUCAUUGAGGUUGGCCCUUGACAGUCUGCUCAAUGAUCAGAUGCCGGACGACAUAGGACAAGCUCUCGCCGAGAGAUUCAGUCGUGAGAUUGAAGACAUUGCUCGGCCUCCAAUCAAUUUGGUUACUUCUGGAAACGCACGUUUCGAUAGCCAGGAUGUUUAUUCAAGUCCUGUGUGUCAAGCAGGCACCCAAACCCGCGCAAUACAAUACACACACGAUUGGGUCAAUGAAGGCGAGAAAGCAUUGCUAUGGAUCUAUAGUCAUGCUGGGACCGGGAAAUCGACUUUGGCCCGAACGGUUGCCAGAGAAUUGACAGAAACUAGUCAAAUUGCUGCUGGAUACUUCUUCAAGCGCGGAGAUGCCAACAGGAACGAUGUGUCUCGUGUGUUUCCGACUAUAGCGAGCCAGCUCAUGUCCACCAUACCCCGUUAUGAACCAACUUUGAGAAAGUCCGUCAUUGCGUCUAAGAAUUCGGAUAUCGGGACGAUGCGCCUGGAUGAGCAGUUCAAGGUGCUUAUUAAAGGCCCCCUGUCGGAAAUAGGCAUCAUCCCCUCGGCUAAAGUCAUCAUCAUCGAUGCACUCGAUGAAUGCACCAACCUGAUUGAGGCCAGUAAGAUUAUUAAACUACUUUGCAGCCUGGGGGACUUGGACACCUUGCGAUUUCGCCUCUUGGUUACUAGUCGUGACGAAAAUUUGGUGCGAAAAGCAAUCGAAAAUCAAAUGCACGAAUCACUGCAACUCGCCACCGCAUUUCGCAAUGACAAUAUCUCAGAUAUCAGAUCGAUUCUGAGACUUGGCUUUGAAGAUAUCAGAAAGGAGACAGAAAUCAAGCAUGCUUGGCCAACGCAUGAGCAAUUUGAGGUGAUAUUGCAACGCUCAAUCAACCCUUCUCCUCUUUUCAUCUAUGCUGCAACUUUCCUAAGGUUUCUUGAUGAAGGAAAAGAAAUGCGUACUUCAGAGAAACGUCUGCAAUGGUGGAUCGACCAGAGCCCCAGUACAGCCAAUAUGUCACAACUUGAAGGCCUGUACACUACGGUUUUUGAAAAUCUAGACCGUAACAAGAGAGAUGGAACCUCCGGCUUGCUGGCAGAUGAAGAAAAGAAAGAUCUACGAACUGUUCUGGUCACAGUUGUUCUUGCUGCUGAACCACUUUCGAUAGAGGCCAUUUCUUCUAUCUCAAGGGUCGAUUUGGGUAUAACUCGAGGCCUACUCAAGUGCUGUCGUGCGGUGCUAGAGAUCUCAGACGACAAUCAACAGCCUGUCAAGGCAGUACAUAAGUCUUUCAGCGAUUUUCUACUGCGGAAAGACCCACUGAAAAGAUCGUGGUUCCAUGCCGAUGAGAUGGAAUCACAUGACCAUAUAGCUGCGGGAUGUAUUUCGCUUCUACAAACUCUAAGGAAGGAUAUUUGCGGCUUCAAUGAUCCUGGAGUAUCAAGGGAGAGCAUCGAUCCCAAUGUCAUUGAGAGUCACAUUUCCAAAAGCCUUCAGUACGCAUCUUCGUAUUGGUGGCAUCACCUGCAAAGAGGAAACAAGCGAGACCCUUCAUAUGAACCUCUGAUACCGAUCCUGAAAAUCCAUUUUCUCCAUUGGAUUGAGUGUCUGUCAAUUCUUGAUCGGCUCGUAUUUGCCUUUAGGGCUAUUGGAGAGCUUUGUGCUUCUAUAACAAUGGGGCAUCCAUCUGAGUCUAUACGUCUCCUUGUUUCAUUCUUGAAAGAUGCCAGGCGAUUCAUCCUCCGACAUGGUAAUACCAUCCAAGAGAACCCACUGCAGAUCUAUGGUGCAGCCCUUCUAUUCAGUCCGGUGGAAAGCCUUAUUAGGCGUAGCUUCUGGGAGACCCGUCAUCCUGGAUUUAAAGUUAUUCACAACUUGGAGCAUAACUGGGGUCCUUGUUUAAAGGAAGUCGAAGAUAUGUCACGAAUUUCUUCUAUUGCCUUAUCACAUGAUGGGCAGGAACUAGCUAUGGCUGGCGCCACUUGGGACACGGAUCUGCCUUCAAUAUGGAUUCGCAAUACCGGAGCCGGGACUCUUCUUGCACGAUUCGACACAGAUACCCAUUUGCUAGCUCUGACAUGGUCCUGUGAUGGGAAUUCUCUUCUCGCUGUCACAGAAUUCGGUCAGGUCGUACGAAUCGACCGAGCAAUUGAGACAAACAAUCUGUUUGGAUUUUCACCAUACGCGACAACUAAAGGGUAUGACUAUGCUGCGAUAUGUUCUUCUGGAAUAGCCUCUCUGGUACGUCACGAUCAUAAUAUCAAUCACGAUGUUAUCAAGUCCGAGGUCUUUGCAUGGAAAUUCACUCAAAGUGAUCAGACAUUUCAAACUUGGGAAUUCCCAAAGUCAACAGUCUCUAGAAUAGCCUUGUCGCCUGAUGGUUCUCUUCUUGCCAUGUCUGUCGAAGGGUGGUUUGCAGGUCAACACAGUGUUCGAGUCGUCGACAUAAACACUGGUGCUUGCAUCCAGGACUUGACAGUCCAUGCGAGAAGCCUUGCCUUCUCGUUAGAUGGAUGUCAACUUUUUAUUUACCCAUCAAACCGCAACCUUUCGAGUUUGACCGUUCUCAAAUUUCCAUCUGGGACCUGCGAGCAUCUCCGGCUUCCUAAGGCCUUUUUGGCUGACCACAUGGCGAUCUUACCGGAUUACACGACUAUGUUGACGAAGGAUAACAACGAAUUCGUGUACUGGGACCUUGAAGCUCUUAAUUCCGUUGUUGGAGUUCCUAAGCAACCAGAUCACCGACGUUUAGAUGGUGGUUACCCCAUAAAUAGGGUUGCCAUAUCGCCUAGUGGUCGGUUCAUGAUAACUUCAAUUGAAGACGAGCAAGGCCUAAACGUUUGGCGUCUCCCGGAAGCCACAUUUGAAAGAUGCUUGACAGUGGACCGCUUAGGGGAAUAUCGCAGGUGGUCAUUCUCUCAACUGAGUGAUAUUUCCAAAAACAAGGAAGCUUUCAUACUGCUCGAGGAAGAUUUUACUUAUAUUUGGUUCUUGGAAGGAACAGAGGACACAUACAUCGAACACUCAAGCGUCGUCAAGCUACCAAUGGGAGAACUCUGCCUCAGUUCUAUAAGCGAGUAUAGAAAUGAACUAUCAAAAUUUGGCCCUUGGCAUCCAAAUUACCCUACACAGGGUGUCGAUGUAUCGAUUACAGAUGGAAGAAUGGCUGUUGUUAGCUUCAAGGAUACAGCCGAGGUCUCCAAGUUAGGUUCGACCGCCAGGUUAUGCUUUGAAUUCAAGGAGCCCGGAAACCAAACAAUCAGUUCAAUUACUCUCUCGCCAAGCUCGACAUAUUUUGCCAUAUCCUAUGGUACUACUAUAAGGAUCUGGACACUGGCAGACCCCUCUGCAAGACGCGAGGUUCGAACUAAUGACGAGGUCAAAUCGCUAGUGUUUUCACCAGACGAAUCUUUGUUGGGAACCUUGCUUUUCGUCAAGUGGGCAGAUUCUUGCUUGGUUGGUCACUCUAUUACAUGA